AUCACCCCCACUCCCCAUUUCUCCCUCCAAAGAAAAAAAACAAAAAAAAAAAAAAAAGACAUUAGGCCAUGAAAUUCUUUUCAGCCAUUUUGUUGGUCCUCUGCCUUUGCAUGGCAGCUCAGCGCCUGGACGCGGCCAGCCAAGCAAAUAAGGAAGGAAUAGAAAAGAUAGAGAAAAUGUGUGCACAAACUAACUACAAAGACCUUUGCGUCACCUCCCUGACUUCUGACCCCAACAGCUUCCCUGCCGACAAGAUGGGGCUAGCCUUGGUUGCCCUCCGUCUUGCCUCAUCCAAUGCCUCCGACAUAUCGGAGAGCAUCAAGGUGAUGCUCAACGAAACAAGCCAAAAUGAGCCUGCAGUACAACAAGGUCUGUUUGAUUGCCUUGAUGAGUACCUAGAUGCAUCGCAACAACUUGACGACUCCAUUGCUGCAAUUAUCGCAAAGGCCUAUGGGGACGUGGAGAAAUGGGUCCAUGCAGCUGUCGCCGAUGUGCGCACGUGUGAGAACUCGUUCCCGACGAAGCCGUCGGUGCUGACACCAAGGAAUGAGGAGUUUAUUAAGCUAUGUGACAUUGCACUAUCCAUCUCCAGGAUUGCAGAAGAAAAUUAACUAUAUAAACUUAUAGUUUCUUUUAAAAAAAAAUUUCUCUACUUUUUUGAUGGAAGAUUGGAGCAAAAUGGCUGGUUUGGCUAUUCUUUAUAUGGUGAAGCUUUUUCAUUAUGUGUUUCUUUUUUUGUUUGAGAUAUAAUUCCUCUGUUUAGGAUGAGGAGUUGCUAAUUGGUGUAUUAUUAUCGUUUGAAUGGGAGGGAGAUAUUGAAGUUGGACAGAAACACAAAACUUCUUUAAAGAAAAGGUUUUGUGGAUAAUGGCCGUCUCAUAUUUUAAUUAUGUCUAAUUUUAUAUAUUAAAAUUGCAUUUAUAUGCAAAUUCAUUUCUAAAUUAAAUUUAAUGUCAAUGAUUAGGUGU